AACACUUCAUUUUAUAAAUUGCUAAGUAGUUUCUUAAAUCCUAUAAAUGGUUAUAUUUAAUAACUAUUAUUGAAUUGUCAAAAUAAGUAGAUUUUUUUAGUAAAAGGACUGAACACAAAUUAUUGAUUUUUUACCUCUAUACAACUUACAAGUUUGACAAAGAAAACCUUUAAAUCAUUUAUUUUUUGGCAAAUAUACAGUAAACAAUAAGCAUGCUGCCACGUUCCUAUUACAACGAUCAAGAAAUACAGCGAAAACGUCAAAUUGAUACCUUAAAGAUCUUCAACGAUAAUGUGACAGAACUGCAUGAAAAUGCAGAAUAUAGGGUGGAAUUUAGUGCUGACGGUCGGAACUUUAGCCUAAACGUGGUCUUAACCCCGGAAUUCCCAAGUGAGAAACCAAGUAUAUUUGUCAAUCCUGUUUUUCCUCAUCCUUGGUUAGCAGAGAAUUCAAAUCAAGUAGUGGGUGCACCUGGAUUAGUAAAUUACACUCCACAUUCGGAUUUAGGACGCGUUGUUCAGGUUAUAAUACGCGAGUUUGCGAGAUGUGGUCCUAAUCUGUUGACACAGGAGGAUAAAUCUACCGACACAAGUCCCCAAUCCCAGUAUAGUUCUCAGUCGUUCAUGUUUCCGGAGUUGAGUGAGCUGACAGUUGAAGAGCUGCAGGAGAUAAUUGAGAAUCCGGAUUUGCAGGACAAACUUCUAGAAACUACACCGCAGUUGGUUGAACUGGAUCUGGAAACUGAGGAACUCAUGACUAGCAUAGAGGAAAUAGCCCAGGACAAUCUCACAAAACAGCAAAUGCUUGAUAAUCUCAAAUCAGAGGUGUUAGACAGAAUCUCAACUAUAGUCCAAAUGAAAAUGAACUAUGAGGAACUAAAUAGGAAGCAUCAGAAAUUAUCUGAGAUGUACGACCCAUACAGGAUCAGACACUGUCUGAAGCAAGCCGCGUUGAAAGCUGAUGAGGAUGCAGAGAGUAUAGCAGAACAAUUCUUAUUAGGUAAUAUUCCGGUGGAGACCUUUAUAGCGAAAUUUGCGGAAAAACGCGCUCUAGGGCAGGCGAGGCGCGCCAGGGAAGAGAGGCUUGCUCACCAACUAGCUCAGCUGGAUAAGGCUACCACAUAGAGUGUAAUAUGUUUUGAUAGACGCAGGCGUUAUUCUUCGAAAUCCUUUAUAUAUAUUUAGCUUAAUUUGCUACAUCCAGAUACAGCAUAAUCCUUAUAAUCUCGCAGUUGAAAGAAUGCAUUCCUGACCUCGGGCAGUAAUAUAAUAAACAGUUGACAUAACCUUGUAAAAGCACAGUAUGAUUUAAACGCAGAAAUACAUUUGGAAGUUUUUAAAAUUGGAAGUGGGUAAAAUGCUGUAGUUAUUAAUGAUAAUCAUUCUUAAAAUAUUUGAAUUUUGAAUUUUUUGACAUCGCCCAUGCAAUCACGACCAGUAGGGCUAGGAUGCGUUAUGUGUACCACGAGAGAAUUAUGUCUACCCAUUAUCUAUAGAGAAAAUACGAGUAACGGGUAGAGAUAACUAUCUCGUGGAAUGCUAGCCCUACAGGAACGCAUUCUUUCAAGAGCCGAACUAUGCUAUAAAAUACGUGUGUUAUCAUUUAAACUAAUAUUACAUCCACAUUAGCGAUAAAUUGGUUUUAAUAUGGAGGAUCAAACUUUUACAUCUCAAUACAAACUUGAUGGACACAUUUAUGAAUGAAUGAACUCACUUUUAUUGUACACCACAUAAACAUGUA